UUUUGGCUUGUGCAAAGAAGUUCGCGCAGAAGUUCAUCUUCCAUCUUUUUAUCAAGUUUUUGAUGAACUACAUGCAUGUUACUGUCGCUUUACUACCUAACAAGGACUACUCUGGACGCAAGCUUAUUGUCAGAUGGGUUUGUCAACAAACGUUUAUUCCCGUCGCGACUGUGUAAUGCAAAGGCUAUGUUUGGGAAAGCUAAAGAGCUAAGACUUGUUAGCUGUCUAACGUUAGUUUGUCGAUGUUUGGUUGCUGAUCAAUAUAACGUCAAAUAUCUACAGUAGCGUACUUGUCGUCACGCUCUGCACCGUCUGUCAGGAUUAAUUUGUUUUUCUGUGGGACACGUGACUGGAGAAUUUGCAUGCCGAAAUUACAGUUGUACUUCAGCUAAAGUUUGCCUUCAGAUAACCACAAGUCAUCAUGAAUAUCACUUAAAGCUAGCUGUCAGUCCUCUCACCUACCUGUGAAAGGGGUGUGAACAAAUAACUCGCCCGCCGCCGCGGGGCCUAAAACCCUACCCCCACUUUUUGUCCUCGGUGGACAAUUUAGACAUACGAGUGUGGACUUGCUGUCAGUUUAAAAAAAAUGUCCCUGGAGUAUGAACGCCACUACGGCUCCCUGGCCUCUGACUCGGGGAGCGAGUCGGUAGUGAGUGGGAGGUCGGCGAGUGGCGUGUUGACGGGAGAAGAGGAGAAACUCCACUACAUCCCUAUCCGCAUCCUGGGGAAAGGAGCCUUCGGAGAAGCGACCUUGUACAGGAGAACAGAGGACAAUUCCCUGGUGGUGUGGAAGGAGGUGGACCUGAAGGACCUCUCGGACAAGAAGCGACGAGACGUGAUGAAUGAGAUCAGCAUUCUCUCCAUCCUGCAGCAUCACAACAUCAUCGCGUACUUCAACCACUUCAUAGACAAGAACACACUACUCAUAGAGAUGGAAUACUGCAACGGAGGAAAUCUGUAUGAAAAAAUUACCCUGCAGAAAGGACAACUGUUCACCGAGGAGGUUGUUAUUUGGUAUCUGUACCAGAUUACAUCUGCUGUAGCCCAUAUACACAAAGCCGGUGUCCUCCACAGAGACAUCAAGACGUUAAAUAUCUUCCUCACCAAGACCAACCUUAUUAAACUGGGGGAUUACGGACUAGCCAAGAAGUUAGACUCUGAAUUCUCCAUGGCUGAAACGUGUGUGGGAACGCCGUACUACAUGUCCCCUGAGCUGUGCCAGGGCGUCAAGUACAACUUCAAGUCUGAUAUCUGGGCCGUCGGCUGCGUCCUCUUCGAGAUGCUCACCCUCACAAGGACCUUUGAUGCCACGAACCCCCUGAACCUGUGUGUGAAGAUCGUGCAGGGCAACUGGUCGAUGGAUGUCAGCACAGACGCUUACUCCUCAGCUCUCAUACAGCUGGUCUACAAAUGCCUCGAUCAGGAUCCGGAGAAGAGGCCGACUGCUAACCAGAUCCUUGAUGAACCAAUCAUCCUCUGUGUCAGGCCGGAUCUGGAGGAGAGAGUGGCCGCACUUAAUUCCGCCAUAAGGAAACCAAAGCUGAGCACGGUGACUGAGAGCCCCGUUGCCAUAGUGACCACGCGCUCGAGAGAGGUGUACUUCUGGGGCGGGGGCAAGUUCACGCCCCAGAAGCUGGACAUGUUCAAGGGGGGCAGUAGCGCGCAGCACGUCUGCUCGGGGGAGAACCACUUCGCCGUGGUGACCGUGGAAAAAGAACUCUACACCUGGGCGAGUGUGCAGGGCGGUGCGAAGAUGGUGGGGCAGCUAGGCCACGGUGACCAGGCGUCGUACCGGCAGCCGCGGCGCGUGGAGAGACUACAGGGGAAAGCCAUACGCCAGGUGUCAUGCGGAGCUGACUUCACCGCCUGCGUCACCGAUGAGGAGCAGCUGUACCUGUUUGGCUCGGACUACUACGGCUGCAUCGGCGUGGAGAGCGAGCUGGGCCAGGAGGUUCUGGAGCCCGUGCUGCUGGAGUUCUUUACGGAGCGGCCCGUACGACAGGUGUCCUGCGGAGACAACCAUGUGGUGGUGCUGACCCACCGCCGCGAAGUCUACUCAUGGGGCUGCGGAGAAUAUGGGAGACUUGGACUGGACUGCGAAGACGACUUUGCCUCCCCGAUGCUAGUGGAGCUGCCUAAGAGUGCCAUCAUUGAGUCUGUGAGCUGCGGUAGCGACGGGACGUUUUUGGUCACGGAGUCGGGCAAGGUGUUGGCCUGUGGCAACAACGACAACAACAAGCUGGGCUUGAACCAGGGCAUCACCGGACUCAAACACCAGCCUGGAGAGGGCUACCAAGGAGUGCCGUAUACCAUCACCCCCACGCUUGUUAAACAACUAGCCCGAUUCAAGAUCCAAAUCAUCGCACCAGGGAAAACCCACACUGCUGCCAUAGAUGAGCGGGGUCGUCUGAUGACGUUUGGCUGCAACAAGUUUGGCCAGCUGGGGGUGAAGGACUUCAGGAAGCACCAGGGGGUCCAGCUGCUCUUGGGGGCCUUCGGGGGAAAGACCGUCACCAAGGUGUCCUGCGGAGACGGCUUCACCGUCGCUGCAACGGAAGACAAUCAGAUCUUUGCGUGGGGCAACGCGGGUAACGGGCGCCUGGGGAUGCCCCCGGAUAAGGGCUUCGGCUCGGAGGUCUGCCCCGCCCUGCCACGCCCCAUCUUCGGAUCGCUGCACCACGUGCCCGACCUCUCCUGCCGAGGAUGGCACACCAUCCUCAUCAUGGAAAAAGUGCUCAAUUCAAAAACCAUCCGGUCCAACAGCAGUGGCGUCUCCAUCGGCAGUGCUGUAAGCCAUGAGUCGAGUGCUGUGUCCGUGGAGCUGGAGGUGGAGCAGGGCUGUGCGGAUACGGAGGUGCGUGAGCGUGAGCGGGGGGAGGGCAGUAUGGGUGGCACCAUGGAGGCCUUCAUGGAGGAGCGCUACCUGGAGACCCCCGCCAUGUCCAUGACCAGCCAGACAGGAAACAGCUCCUGCCCCUUCUGGCUGCGCAAGGAGCUUCAGGAUGCUGAGUUUAUCCCCAUGCCAGACAGCUGUGACUCCUCCACGUCCUCCGCCCCCCCCUCUCUGGCCCCCUCCUUCUCUGAGAGCGCCACACUACCCUACGACGAGCUGUGUGAACUCAAGGCUGCUGCCGCUGCCGUCAAGGGAUACUCGCAGGUGGGCCAGUCGAAUGGCAAGAGCAACGGGCAGAUGAGUGCAGCUGGGAAGAUGGCUGGACGCCAAGCGGCCGCCACGGGAGGAUCCUGCUGUCAGGCCAGCAGCGAGGUCUCCAAGCUGAAAGACAUCGUUAAUAAGCAAGAAGUCAUGAUUCAGUCAUUACAACAGCAGGUCAAUGAGCAGCUGAAGGAGAAUGAAAAGUUAUGGGCUGCCAUUCGCAAUAUGACCGUCAGCCCUUCUGCUGUCGACAAGCGCAUGAAUCACCAAUCAAAUCACAAGGAUGAAGACGAAGAGGAGGGAUGAAGGGAGACGGGAAGGAGCCAAUCGGAGAGCGCGCUUUGGUUUUACCCCCAUCCCCUUUGAUGUGGGAUAUUAGGAGUCUGCCCUGUCCUGCCAUGCCCUGCCAUGCCCUGUCCGCUGUGGUUUGGUUUGGCUAAGGUUUGAAAGUCUUUUUGAAAGUCGCUUUGGUUAUAAAGCGUCUGCCAAAUGCAAUGUAAUGUAAUGAGGAGAGGUGAGGAGCUCUGCUAUCCCUCCUGGUUUGUGACUGCAGAACAUGCCGGAACCGGUAAACAAAAAAGGUCUACAGUACAGUUGUGUUUUUUUAUUUUAUUUUCUUUCUAGCUGGACUCACUCUGCCUUAUCAUUCAGAGGGGCUGUUUCAUUCCAUAUCUGCUCUUCGACGAUGAUAUUGCUUUGUUGUUGUUGUUGUUGUUGUUUUUGUUUGUUUUGUUUCUGCAUCGACAGUGUUCAUAUUUUCUAACGCCACAUGACGAUGAGAGCGUCCAAAGAACAGCACAGCCUGUUGACCUGACUGGCAUAAUCAUGACCAGAUGGCUUCUUUUAUGGUUUAUUUUAUUUGUAUUUCAUCUAUCCAUUUGAAAUAACUUCUCUAUCGUGCCGUUGAGAACUACACUUGGGACAGAAAUGCAUGUGAAAUGUCAUCUGGUGUGGGUGUUGGAAAUGGGAGGUCUUUGGACAAAAUGGACUCCCUAAAAAGUGCCUUCUAUUCUAGCCGUCCACGAUGUCAUUACAACCCACGUUUUUCAUAUUCUUUGGAUUUGAUUUUGUUAAUGCAUACGUUAUCAUGCAUAUACUGUAUUAUACUGUGCAAUGCUUUAAAAUGUUUUCGAUUGCAGAAUUAACCUUAGUCUAGGUUGAAUGAUGGAUUUCCCCCCCUAUACAUUUACAAAGCCCGUCACUUUAUCUACCAAACCGGUAACUAGAAAUAGAUAUGGAGCUUGCGGUAGUUCUGCCAGGAAGACGAAAGUCACGUGCGCUUUUUGCGGAGACAAUCAGCUUUUAAAACGUUUAAAACUAAUUCUUCUCUCUGGAGUCUUUCUGGCUGAAAUACUGGUAUGUGCUAAAUAUCAUACCUAAGAAGACUAUAAUACCAAAGAAAUACAGUACUUGUAUGAAUUGAAAUAUUAUAAGUGUUUUAUCAAAAUACCUUUACCAAAACAGAUACUUUUGUCAUUGAAUGUCCGGUAACUGUCAUGUCUACAGCUCACUAGUCUUGAGAGCACUUAAACACUUCAUAGUUACCUGGCCCCAGUGUUGGCAGAUGGAAAAUGGAAAAACCUCAAAAUGAUCGUUUUUGGGUAGCCUGAUAAACCAGCCUAAAUGGAUUGGAUAUCUAAUUUAACAAAACAUUUUGCCGUCCAGCAGUUGGCACUGGUUUUCCAGGCUAGUUUUUGGGGCGCUUUUGAGGGGAAAGUGUCGUACACAAACCAAAUGGUUGUUUCAAGGCAUCUAAAUGAACUGAAAACUGAUCAUACAUCACGUGUUUUUGAUUGUAUAGAAAGUUUCUUUUGUUUCAAACGUGUUUAAGUUUUAUCUUACAUGUUUCGAUGGUGAGACUUUAGUCUUCACGAAGGGAAAAGAUUGUUAAAACUUUUACAAACAAAAGAAGCUUUAAGAUUGGAUCAGAUAUUUUCAUUCAGAGCCAAUAGUUUCAAAACCAAAGUUCCAACAUACUGUAGUGCCUAUCUGUAGGAUGACCUUCAAGAUAAGAGUCUCCUGACACUUAAACACAAAACAAAAGUCUCUUAAACACCAGGCUGCCCGUCGGUCUUUACAGUGUUGCUUUUAACAAAGUGUUUUUGGAAGAAAGCUCAUUUUGGUGCCUUGUAUUGAUGGCAUCCGGAGUUUUUCGGGAGCAUACUGUAUUUUAUCGUGCCGUAUACUUAGCCAACUCAUUUUACACAAUCAGGUUAACAGAAAGAUUGACAAGCAGGUUUUCUCUCUUUUUAUUGUCUACCUUUUGUUUACGUUUCAGUUGCCUUUUGUUUUACCGUUAUAUUGUAUUUAAAUUGUGUUACAGGCAUGUUUGAGUGGCUGUACUGAGGCCCAGAUCAACUACUGAUUUUUUAAGGCAGAUGUGGCUCUGUUUACUUACUUUUAUUAUUUGGACUUGUGUUUAAGGCCCUGGAUACAGUGUUCAAGUAAUGUGUUAUGGUUUGUCAUUUACUGUCUGUGUGUGUGUGUGUGUGUUACACUCCUUCUCUUGGAUGUGGAUUUAUUAUAUUAAAAUUUGCCUAUUGGACAACAUGGUGUAAUAAUGUGUUGGCCAGGAACUCAGUCAAGUACUGUUUUCACCAGUGUUUAACAUGGCCUAUUGCAAACUGUGCCUUUUUAAUCUGCAUAUUGUUUAAGUAUACAUGGCAGUGCUCACAUUCUGCCUUUGAACUGCUUACAUUGCAACAA